GGGCGGGGCCUGCGGGGCGGGGCCUGCGGGGCCGGGCCGAGGUGAGCGGCGGGCGGAACGCAGCGGCGGGGCUGGGGCUGUGCAGCGGCCGCCGGAGCGGUUUCAGCAGUGCACGGGGCGAAGAUGGCGGCGGAGCGGCAGGACGCGCUGAGGGAGUUCGUGGCGGUGACGGGCGCUGAGGAGGACCGGGCCCGCUUCUUCCUCGAGUCGGCCGGUUGGGACUUGCAGAUCGCGCUAGCAAGCUUUUAUGAGGAUGGAGGGGAUGAUGACAUUGUGACCAUUUCACAAGCAGCCCCCAGUUCAGUGUCCAGAGGCACAGCCCCCAGUGAUAAUAGGGUGACUUCCUUCAGAGACCUCAUUCAUGACCAAGAUGAAGACGAGGAGGAAGAGGAGGGCCAGAGGAGCAGGUUUUAUGCUGGGGGCUCAGAGAGAAGUGGACAGCAGAUUGUCGGCCCUCCCAGGAAGAAAAGUCCCAACGAGCUGGUGGAUGAUCUCUUUAAAGGUGCCAAGGAGCAUGGAGCCGUAGCCGUGGAGCGAGUGACCAAGAGCCCUGGAGAGACCAGUAAACCAAGACCAUUCGCAGGGGGUGGCUACCGUCUUGGGGCAGCACCAGAGGAAGAAUCUGCCUACGUGGCAGGAGAAAGGCGGCGGCAUUCCAGCCAAGAUGUUCAUGUUGUGCUGAAGCUCUGGAAAAGUGGAUUCAGCCUGGACAACGGUGAACUCCGGAGCUACCAAGACCCAUCCAAUGCCCAGUUUUUGGAGUCUAUCCGCAGAGGGGAGGUGCCAGCAGAGCUGCGGAGGUUAGCUCAUGGUGGACAAGUGAACUUGGACAUGGAGGACCAUCGUGAUGAGGACUUUGUGAAACCCAAAGGCGCCUUCAAAGCCUUCACUGGCGAGGGCCAGAAACUGGGCAGCACUGCCCCCCAGGUGUUGAAUACCAGCUCUCCAGCCCAGCAGGCGGAGAAUGAAGCCAAAGCCAGCUCUUCCAUUUCAAUCAACGAGUCAGAGCCCACCACAAACAUCCAAAUUCGGCUUGCCGAUGGCGGGCGGCUGGUGCAGAAAUUUAACCACAGCCACAGGAUCAGUGACAUCCGGCUCUUCAUUGUGGAUGCCCGGCCAGCCAUGGCUGCCACCAGCUUUGUCCUCAUGACUACUUUCCCCAACAAAGAGCUGGCUGACGAGAACCAGACCCUGAAGGAAGCCAAUUUGCUCAAUGCUGUCAUCGUGCAGCGGUUGACAUAACCACUCCCGGCCUCCCCUCUCUUCUGUGUCUCCCAUGGCCAGCAACCAUGCCGGUGGGGACACCCUCCUGCCCCUGUGCAUACCCAGCAGUCCAGUGCCACAUCUCAUCCGUAGCUCUGGGCUCUUAGACUUUGGUUGGACAUUUGGUUUUUUUUUCCUUAGUUGCGUUUCCUGAGUUUUUGUGAUGAUCAAUGGACUUUAAAGAAAAAAAAUAAAAACAACCAAAAAAACUGAAG